ACAGGAGGAUUUGCAGAUAGUGAAGAUCUUGACAAACGCAAUUCUGGAGAGGCUCCGCAAGUCGAACAGCAUCUCCAAGGGGGAAUAAACAGCCGACGUUCCGGACCCAGACCCGAACAAUGAUCCCAUUGCGAUGGCGGCUGCUGCGAUUCUCGGCCGAUUCGCACGACGCGCGGCGAGCCCCGCUCGAAAGGGCAGCUCGGAAGCACUAGCGGAGCCCUUCAGUAUGAGGUGAUGUCGGAGAGCAUCGCGUCUGCGCUCCUAUUUAAAGGCGGUAACUGAAGCAGUCGGCGAGCCCGUUAUUUCUCCGGUUACUGGAGAACUAGGAAGAUGAGCGAACCGCGGCGAGCAGCGUUCCCCGGUGUCACCCAGACCCCACUACUGAGGAAAAUCAGAAGUUUGAUCCCCCUUAACUGCUGGAAAGAAAUAAAGGGUCUUUUCCGAUUGGCCGCUCCAGUGGUCCUGUCCCAGCUAAUGGUGUUUCUCAUAGGCAUAGUCAGCUCCAUAUUCUGUGGACACCUGGGGAAAGUUCAGCUGGAUGCUGUUUGUCUUGCCAUAGCAGUGAUCAAUGUAUCAGGAAUCUCUGUGGGUGCCGGAUUGGCUUCAGCCUGUGACACCCUCAUAUCCCAGACAUUUGGCAGCAGAAACCUGAGGAGGAUCGGUGUGAUUCUCCAGCGAGGGAUCAUCAUCCUCAUGAUCUUCUGUUUCCCCUGCUGGGCUCUCUUCAUUAACACCGAACACAUCCUGCUCGCUGUCAAGCAGUCUCCCGAGGUGGCCAAGUUGGCACAGCUCUAUGUGUGGAUAUUUAUCCCUGGUCUUCCGGCAACCUUUCUGUAUCAACUGGAGAUCCGAUACCUUCAGAAUCAGGGGAUCACUUUGCCGCAAGUCUUCACGGGCCUCAUAGCCAACAUCUUCAACGCCUUGGUAAACUACCUCCUCCUCCACGUGCUGACUCUGGGAGUGCUGGGAUCGGCUGCUGCCAAUGUUACUUCUCAGUACUUCCAAGUGAUUCUCCUGUUUCUGUACAUUCGGAAGAAGAAGCUGUACGUGGGCACGUGGGCAGGUUGGUCAGCCGACUGCUUACAGGAGUGGGGGGGUUUUGUCCAACUCGCCAUCCCCAGCAUGCUAAUGCUGUGCAUCGAGUGGUGGACCUACGAGGUUGGCACCUUCCUCUCAGGACUGGUUAGUGAAGCCGAACUCGGAGCACAGUCCGUUAUUUACCAGGUGCUAACGGCAGCAUACAUGAUCCCCCUAGGGAGCAGCGUGGCUGCCAGCGUCCUUGUGGGUAACGCCCUGGGAGCGAGGGAUCCGGAGAAGGCCCAGAACUCGGCCACAAUCGCCCUGUGCUUCAUAGGGUGCUGUUCUCUGCUGAUUUCCAUUAUUCUUGGAGCAGCUCGAAGUGUGCUGGGUUAUGUGUUUACCGCUGACAAAGAGAUCGUUCAGUUGGUUGCCAAUGUGGACCCAAUAAUUGCCACUUUCCACUGGUUUGAAGCCAUUGCCACUGUGAGUGGUGGAGUGCUGAGGGGAGCGGGAAAGCAGAAGAUUGGAGCCAUCGGCAACUUGGUGGGCUUCUAUUCCAUCGGCUUUCCCCUUGGGAUCACACUAAUGUUUGCUGCACAUCUCGGUGUCAUGGGUCUUUGGUCUGGGUUCUUUGUCUGUGUGGUGGUGCAAGCUGCUUUCUUCCUGGUCGUGAUCUACAAAGUGAACUGGAGGAAGGCCUCUGAACAGGCAAUGAUCAACGCCGGUAUGAAGGUAAAUGUGGACACUACCUACAGCUCCAGUAACAGCCUGGCAAACGAAAAUCCAACAGAGGCACGGACAGAGAAUGCGUCUGUCAUUGUGCUGUCCAACCUUAAUCAAGUGGAGAACAAUGUUGACACUGAGCAGCUCAGGGAAGAAACCUCUGCACUGGAAACUGGAGUUACCAUUGUGGGUGAAAUCCUGUCCACGAAACAACUCAUCCUUCGCCGGGGACUGGCCUUCAUCUCGGGACCUGUAAUCCUGAUCAUCGGGGUGGUGAUACAGAUAACAGUGGCCAAGGGCACGUAAUCCCUCGGUGAACCUGCCAGAGGGAAGCGGGGAUGCCAAGGCAGAGGAGUGCUGUGCGAGUUUCCAGCUGUUUCAAACUCUUCUGGAGUAGAGCAUCUCUUUCCGUACACAGGGACUUGAUGCACAAUCCAAAGAUCUUCAAAUCCCUAGCCAAAGGAGCAAUCAAGCUUCUGGUAAUUGGUGAUUAGUUUAAUGUUGUCGUAUGUACUGAGGUGCAGUGGAAAAACUUUUGUUUGCGUGUCACCCUGACAGAUCAUUCCAUAUAUUCAUGUAUUACAACGGGAAAAACAAUAUCAGAAUGCAAUUACAGAGCAAUUGCAGUGCAGGGAGACGAGAGACAUGAUGACGUAGAUGGAGAGAGCAAAAGCUGAUCAUUAUCGAUGGACCGUUCAGGCGUCUGAUAACAGUGGGGAUAAACAGUUCCUGAGCCUGGUGGUGUGUGUUUUCAAGCUUUUGUAUCUUCUGCACAAGGGAAGGUGGGAAAAGAGGGAAUGA